ACCAAUUUUUAAUUUUAGGAGGUUCAGAACGUUUUAAAACGAUUUGUGGCGGGUUGUAUGAUUGUUUCGAAACGCUGUCAACCGCUACCGAUCGCCAAAACUGCGUUUGCGGAUGGUAGCAUAGACCCUUAAACUGCUGCUGUUGAUAAAUGUUUGGCAGUCUUUCUGACUCGCUUCACGACUCUUUUAGUCUCGUUACGCUUAAUAAUCAAAAUCAGCAGAAGCCAACUCUUGAAAAUCUCAGGUUUACACUGCUAGAUCAAAUUCAUACUGAGAUCGAUUCAACCUCUGAUCAAAAAGCUAUACCUUGGUUAUAUUUUAUCUCGUCAACAAGUUUCGUAAUGAGCAUAACGGCCCUCUUGUUUCGACGGAGAGAAUAACCUAUGAUUAGUUUUUCAAGAAAUUUUCAAACGAACAAUUUCAACGAAAUCUUUCAAUUUCUUAUUUUACUAUGUUCAACUCUCUGUGACUGAAAGUGAUUAUUGCCAAGCCUUGAGAUGCGAAGAUAAAGUUCCAUACAAAUCUAUAGUACGUAGUGGUGUUGUUUACAAAUGCCACAAAAUACCAAAGGCACGUGGUUAUUGAAAUUAGAAAGAUCAAGUUCUACACUUGAUUAAUUUGUAUACUAGAUCGACCCUACGAAAUUGUUUAGCUAAGUCCUUGCGUUCUGUUCUUUCCUAUGAUUAGUGGAAGAGAGACAAUGGUUCCUAUGGUUCUCUAUCUUUCUUUUUUUCUCUUCUCCCUCUCUCUUUCUCCUCAUUUUCUUGCUCUUCCUCUUCUUCAUCUUUUCCAUGCAUCGAUAAUUUUGUAGUGUAUCUAUUUAACAUAUAUAUAGUAUUGUGUAAGAGUCGCACUACAAACGGUAACGCGCAAAGAAAGAAAAAACUCAUCCAUUUUACACCAUAUUAUCACAUCUUUCUUCACAGAUCGAUGUAUGACAAUAUUUUUUCUACUUUUUUUACUAAUUUUAACUUUUUUAAUAAUAAUAGUUUCUCAAUAAAGUAGCUCAAGACAAGUUGGCGCGUUUACUUUUAGAGCUUGACUUUUGGUCGUCAUCGUCAAUGCGUCGUCACUCGCCAAUCGCCAGUGGCCACAAAAGCAUUAUCAGUUUCGCGCCAAUAUCGACAGAGAAAAUCAAAAAUCAACUUUUACUUCGCAAGUAUAUAUGAAUUACCCACAACGCUUGAAGAGAAACGCAAAUCAAGGAAACUCAGUUAUGUCUUCUUUCAUCUUCCUUUUUCUUUUCCCGUUUAUCACUGGCUGCUUCACAGCUUCCGCUCAGGAUCCUACUUACCUAGGAUACAUCUGUCCAAGCACGCCAACUUAUACCAACGACAGCACUUACUUCACCAAUCUUGAAACCGUUUUGUCUUCACUCUCUUCCCCCGACACCUCUUACUCCACCGGAUUCCAAAACGCCACCGCCGGGGAAGACCCGGACAUGGUCACCGGCCUUUUCCUCUGCCGUGGAGAUGUCUCGGCGGAGGUUUGCCGUAACUGCGUAGGCUAUGUCGUGGAAGAUACGUUAAAUAGGUGUCCCGAGGAGAAAGAGGUCGUGCUUUAUUACGAUCAGUGCAUGGUCAGAUACUCUAACAAGAAUAUCCUCUCGAGCCUGAGCACCGGUGGAGUUUUCGAGCAGACGAACACCAAAAACGUUUCGAUUAGCGAAAAAGACAGGUUCAGAGAAUUGGUCUUGUCGACGCUGAACCCAGCCGCCACCGAAGCCGCGAGCAGUUCGAGAAAAUUCGCAGUGAGUAAAGCCAAUUGGACCGCAGCACAGACUUUGUACGGGUUGGUUCAGUGCACUCCAGAUCUGACAAGAGAAGACUGUUUGAGCUGCCUUCAACAGAGCAUCAAUCAGUUAGCCACUGACCAAAGUGGGGCGAGAUUUGUUGUGCCUAGCUGUUCUUCAAGAUACGAGCUUUACCUAUUUUACAACGAAUCCGCCACAACUAAGCCGCCACCACCACCGGAGGUUUCUACCCCUCCGCGACCUGCAGGGAAAGGUGGAAAAUCAACUGUGUUAGUGGUAGCCAUUGUUGUGGCUAUUAUAGUGGUUGUUCUGCUUUUCAUAGCUGGUUAUUGUUUCCUUGCAAAGGUGGCAAAGAAGGCUUAUCCAAAAUCAAAUGCAUUUGAUGAUAAUAUAACAACCGCAGACUCAUUACAGAUUGACUAUAGAUCAAUUCAAACUGCUACAGCUGAUUUUUCAGAGGGUAAUAUGAUUGGUCAAGGUGGAUUUGGUGAGGUUUACAAGGGUACAUUAUUGGAUGGGACUGAAAUUGCAGUGAAGAAACUGUCAAAGUCAUCAGGACAAGGCGAAUCAGAAUUCAAGAACGAGGUUGUCCUUGUUGCAAAGCUACAGCACAGAAAUUUGGUUAAACUUCUCGGAUUUUGUCUACAAGGAGAAGAAAGAGUACUAGUCUACGAGUAUGUGCCCAACAAAAGCCUUGAUUACGUUCUCUUUGACCCUGCAAAGCAAGGCCAGCUUCAUUGGACACGACGAUACAACAUUAUAAGUGGAGUUGCUCGAGGGAUUCUGUACCUUCAUCAAGAUUCACGACUCACAAUCAUACACCGUGACCUCAAAGCGAGUAACAUUCUCUUGGAUACGGAUAUGAAUCCAAAAAUUGCAGAUUUUGGAAUGGCUAGGAUCUUUGGAUUAGACCAAACCCAACAAAACACUAACAGAAUAGUUGGUACCUAUGGUUACAUGUCUCCCGAGUAUGCAAUGCAUGGUCAGUACUCAAUGAAAUCAGAUGUCUAUAGCUUUGGUGUGUUAGUUCUUGAGAUUAUAAGCGGCAAGCAGAAUAGCAGCUUCAACCCAACAGACGGCAUACAUAACUUUGUCUCUUAUGCGUGGAGACUUUGGACUAAUGGAGCACCUCUGGACCUUGUGGAUCCAGUUAUUGUAGAUAAUUGCCAAAGGAGUGAAGUUGUUCGGUGUAUCCAUAUCAGUCUUUUGUGUGUUCAAGAAGAUCCUGUAGAUCGUCCUACGUUGUCAAACAUUAUACUGAUGCUCACUAGUAAUACUGUGACCUUGCCCGUGCCUAGGAAGCCAGGUACUUUCUUUCAGAGUAUACCCAGAAAAGACCCGAUUGAUUCUGUUGAUAAUACCUCUGUCACAGAUCUAUAUCCUUAUUGAAGACGAAUGUUUGUUUACCUUCAUGCUUGAUUCAGUUGAUGAUGCCCCUCAGUCACAGAUUUGUAUCCUCGUUAAAGACGAAUAUUUGUUUACCUUUAUGCUUAUUUUCUAAAUGAAUCGUUACUGACAAUAAGUGGAAAAGUUGUUUUGUUAUAGCUGUACGUAUUGUAAUUGUAACCACUGUAACUGAUGUAAUACUAUUUAUAAGUUUAUUGCGUUUUCCGCCAA